UAGAGAGACUUCAGUGCAGUUCAGAUAUUGUAUCUUUUAGUGCUUCGUGUAUCUUUCGUUCGAAAGGUUGACUACCUCUUUCUUCAUUGCGUGCGAAUUUUAUGAAAAGAUAUCAAACUUUCGGACAUCGAAGUAACCAUUACGGAGAAUUUAAGCUUAUAAUUUUGAUCUUCCAAAUUAAAAACAAAAAAAAAUAUAUUCACUUGUCUUCUAUUUUGGAGAAUAUUUAUAUGUGUAUUUCACAAUUUUAAAUAAGUUCUCUAUUCUAUCUGUUUAUAGGCGAUAAAUUGUUUAUUUAGAUAAGUCUUUGAAAAAAAAAAAAAAAUCGUUGCUUACGCAUCAAGAUUACGAUAUUGUUUAUUUAAUUUGGCUAAGUGAUUUCUGAUUUUAAGAUAAUAUUAUGGCCUAAGGUAUCUUAUCCAUGAUUGAUCGAAGUUGUGCCUCCCAAAAAUAAUAAUAAAUUGUCGUUUGUGUCUCAAGAGUUCUUAAAUCAAACAAAAAGUUCAACUGCAUCUUGAAAAAAAAAGUUGGAAAAAUAAAAAAAAAUAAAAUAAAAAUAUUAAAAUGAUGAUUGAAGUGUGUACUUACGUGUGCAGCGAGCUGGCAAGUGUUCGAUAAUAUUUUUUUUUUUUUUUUUUUUUUGAGAGAAAGAAAAUAUUUAUCUUUUUAAGAUCGAUGCGGUUUUAAGUAAUAAGUACUUAAACAAAUAUUUACAAUAAAGUGGUCGAGAAAAUAUUGCUUUUGUCUGUCGUUAAUGAAACAAAAAAAAAAAGCAAAGUAAUAUUUUUAAAAGUUAAAGAAAUAAUAUUUGCUGAAAUAAUGGAUAACAAAUUAACAACUGGAUAGUUUUUAAAAAUUUGAAAAACGGAAACAACAAAAACAAAUCAUGUCGAAUGCAAAAAUAAUUCCGAGGUGAUCGAUACCCGUAUUAUAAUCACCUGAAAAUGAUGUCUUAUGUCAAAAAAUAAUUAUACUACCUAUCAAUUCAACAAAAAAAAAAAAAAACUAAACGAGAACAAUAUGACUGAUUAGGUGUGAAGACACGUUUACCUAUAGAUUUAUCCUGAUGAUUAAAUCUUCAUUUGUAAAUACUCAGUAGAAGUACCCCAAAUAAGUUUAAAUUUUAACUUAAAGAUGCUAGAACCAACAAGUAGUCCAUCAAUUGUUCUAAAUGGCAGCAUAUACACUGACUACAUCCUGACAACAACGAUUGAAUCUCCAUUUAACAAUUCAUUCUACAAUCACACCAACAACACAUACAUCGCUGAUGCUGAUGACAUUUCAUUUAUCCUGCCAUGGUGGCGCCAAGUUUUGUGGAGUAUCCUUUUCGGUGGAAUGGUCAUUGUGGCGACGGGUGGCAAUUUAAUUGUUGUAUGGAUUGUCCUAGCCCACAAAAGGAUGAGAACGGUUACCAACUACUUUUUAGUUAAUCUCUCAAUAGCGGAUGCCAUGGUGUCAUCGCUUAAUGUAACAUUCAACUAUAUCUAUAUGCUAGACAACGAUUGGCCAUUCGGACAGAUAUAUUGUAAAAUCUCACAAUUUGUUGCAACGCUGAGUAUAUGUGCCUCCGUGUUCACAUUGAUGGCGAUAUCAAUAGACAGGUAUGUUGCCAUUAUGAAACCAUUAAAGCCAAGAAUGGGCAAACGAUGUACCUUAACAAUAGCCGGCUCGAUUUGGAUAAGUUCCAUUGUGAUAUCAUGUCCAAUGCUGUUGUUUUUCACCACAGAUUCUUAUGUAUCGUCAAAAGAUGGUGUUAGAACUGUAUGUUAUUCAGAAUGGCCAGAUGGAUCAACGAAUCAUUCAACUCAAGAAUACAUAUACAAUAUUGUGUUUACAAUUCUGACAUAUUUUUUGCCAAUUAUAUCAAUGACAGUCACAUAUGCAAGGGUUGGCAUUGAGUUAUGGGGAUCAAAAGCAAUUGGCGAAUAUACACCUCGUCAAGUGGAAAAUGUGAAAAGCAAACGAAGAGUUGUGAAAAUGAUGAUUGUUGUUGUGCUAAUAUUCGCCGUAUGCUGGCUGCCAUUCCAGAUUUAUUUUAUUGUUACUUCAUGCUACCCGUCCAUCACAGAAACCCCAUUCAUUCAGGAAGUGUAUUUGGGGAUAUACUGGCUGGCUAUGAGUAAUUCCAUGUACAAUCCAAUUAUAUAUUGUUGGAUGAAUUCAAGAUUUCGUAGAGGAUUCAAACAAUUCUUUAGAUGGUGUCCAUUCGUCCAUUUAGGAGCAGAGACUUUGCAACGACGUGAGGCAUUAACAUCACGUUAUUCAUGUUCAGGCUCACCGGAUCAUCAUAGAAUUAUGAGAAAUGAUACAGAAAGGUCAUUUUUGUACACAUGUCCAGGAUCACCUAAAAGCAGACGAAUAUCGCACUGUGGCCUAGUACGGACGUCGACCCUCAUGUCCAAUAAUAACCAACAGAGCGGUUUUAAUUCCACAGCAGCAACGACAAAUUCCAUUCAUAUUGGUUCGGGUAACAACAAGGAUGUAUACUCGAUGAAUUCCUUGAGCAAGGAUUACAGUCUCUCUAGGAGCAAUUCUGCUCAUCCAGCGCAACAGCGCUGGGCAUCCAACCGAAAAGGGGUGUCCUGACAAAUUGGCAAUGGCAAACCUGACGUGGUCGUAACUAGUGACAACAAUGCAGACAUGGAUACAAGUGGUACUGGUGCUGGUGCUGAUUCUGGUGUUGCUACGACGACGACAGGAUGUAACAACAACAACAACAACAAUUUGGUUGCGCUCAGAUUUAUGCAACAUGGAAUGUUCAACGAGGGGAAUCAAAAGACGUGGCUGUAAAUUUUUAUAUAUCGUUUGUAAUGUUUUUUUCUUUAUUUUGUAUUCUUUUGAACUUAUAUUUGCAUUGAACUGGGGUCAUUAUAUGGAAGAAUGUUAAUUUAUUUUAUAGUCAAAGGAUAUAAGGAGGAAAAGGCUUGGUAAUCCUCACUAAGAGAUGUUUCCUAUACUUGAUAUUGAUAUAUUUAUGUUAUCAUUUCGAUAAACUUUAAAAAACCAAAAAAAUAAAAAAAAAAAAAUAAAAAAUGUUGUAAAAAUUAUAUUUAUGUAGGUAAUAUGUAGAUGAGAUGUCCUUUUUGUAUAAUGUCAUAAAACUGUAAAUAUUUAACUUUAUUUUUUAGAAAAGAGAAACAAAAAAUUUUAAAACACAUAAGUAAAAAAUGCAUUGAUAUCGAAUCCAUUAUUGAUAUUUUUUUAUAUGUUAAUCUUUAUUCUAAGUAUUUUAUUUA